CUUUUGUUUCUCAUUACUUAAAAGAUCUACCAGAGCUACCAGAUGGAGAAAGAGCGAGGUGACGGUCCUGUGGACAAAAUGAGAUUCCGGGUACUCUUUGGGAUCCUGUGGUUAUUCACAGGAGGUUCCUCAGGUUUUCUGCAUCAGGAUCCUGUUGUCUGUAAAUUUACGCAUUCUGUACCUACUGAGUGUUAUGCAGCUCAGGGACAACGACUGCACCUGCAAAUGGUUGAAGAGGACAGGUUUUCCCUCAUACUGAGUAACAAUCCAUCUACCAAUCAUUUUAUUUUAAAAUAUACAAAAACCCAACUUAACCAACCCAAACCAGACUCCUCAAGAUGGCAGUUUGUUAGAGAUAAUAAAACUAUGAUACUAAACUGUACAGAGAGAAGUGACUCUGGGAAAUACACUUUAGUCGUCAAUGAUGAAGACUGGAAUAUUAAAACAUUUUAUAAUCUCCAGCUGAAGAUUGAAGCUGAGGUGUCCUCAGUUAAAGUGUCAUAUAGCUGCUUGUCCCCUGGGAUCCGGAAAGUGUCCUGUUCUGCUGAUGGAGACAACCUGCACUUUAGCUGGACUUCAGAUUUAAAGCUGUUCACUCGACUAGAGGAUGGAAACAGCAGUUUGCUCCUGGAACAAAACCAUGGAAACGUCACCUGUCAUGUAGAAAAUCAUGUCAGCAGUGUGCAACGUUCCACUGAACUCCAUCCAUGUCUCGAGACCAGUUUCACCCAGUAUAAUAUUGAUUUCAUGGUGUUUGUGACUGUGUGGCUCUUUGAAAUAAUCAUUCUACUGUCACUGUUUUACAUCUAUGCCAGAAUCUACAGGAGAAGAUUUGAUCAUAAGGAAACACUGUAAACCUGGAUUAGGAACAGAAAAAACAGUUUACGGUUACUGCCAUCAAUACAACACGAUACAAUACAAUACAACAGCCUCAGAAUUGCCUAUAAUAAUCUAUAUAAAUAUGAGAACAAAAUCCUGCAAGUCAAAAACAGGCAUUAACUAAACUAUAAGACAUGAUGAGAUAUUCACAUUGAGCAUUAUUUUAAAAAGUAGACAUGUUGUAAAUGUGUUAAAUAAUAAUAAUUAAAAAAAAAAUGGACAUUUUAGACACAGUCAUAUCAUGAGGUUUCAUCACCUGUUCCUAAUGUUGUCAUUAUCUUCAUUGUAUUUAAGUGAGCCGCGUUGAUGAAUGCAGCGCGGAAUCAUUAGUUGCGUUAUACCCGGUGUCAUGUCUAGUCUCUGUUAAGUGUCGUCAUCUGUUUUAUUUCAGUUCUCGUCAUGUUUUUGUACCUGUCUUCAUGAGUUAUUAAACCCCCUUUCAUUUGAAGCUAUCCUGCCUACGGGUCUGUCUCCUUCCAGCCACCGGCUGUGACAGUGCCAAGGUCUAGAAACAAACACACUCAAUGAGCAGGAUGGUCCUCCAUGUUGUGUUUCAGUGACUGAGUCAUGUCUUGAAGAAUUUGUGUUUUGUUUAUUUCGUAUCAUUUCCAAGUUACGUUGUGUUCUUAAACAUUUUUCAAUAAUGUUAAUAAAAAC